CGGCAGGCGGUGGCGGCGGCGGCGGCAGCGGCACGCGCCUGCCGGUGCGGCCCAGCCGAAUCGGAGGGCGCCGCGACCGCGGCCGGGUGCGAGCUGUGCCGACCGGUCGUCGCCACCGGCGCCACCGUUACCGCUGCCACCGCCGCCGCCACCGGCAGCCGACCCGCUGCUGCCUCCGCCACCAUCACAACCACCACCGCCGCCGCCAGGCCAGCCGAGUCGACCGCCGCCGGCCGUAAAGAGAGCCGCAUCAGACGGACGCUGCGUGCGCUGCGGCAGGCCGGGGCGCGCGUGUCGCGGACCCGCGGCGGUCGCGAGCCGGCGCCGGCAGCGGCCGGACGGCGCGGCUCUAGUCCCUCGCUAUCGUCGGGCUCGGAGCCGCCGCGGCCGCCGAUCAUCGACCUGACGCGCUUCAACCCCGACCAGUACCCAACGGACGACUUCGACGAGCGCGCCCGCCAGGAGCGUGCUCGCGAGAUCGCCGAAGGGAUCGAGAUGGCGCCGGGCGGCGGCGGCCGGGCGGACGUGGCGCGUCCGGCUCCGGCCGCCGAGCAGCCGCCGGCGCCCGCCGCGCUGCCGGCGCCACACGCCGAGUCGCAGCUGCUGGUGUCGCACUUCGCUCAGCUGGCCAUGGACGGCUCGCUGGUACAGCGCACCGUGCACACCACGGUCGACUACAUCCACUGCCUGGUGCCGGAUCUGCUGCGUAUCGUCAACAGUCCGUUCUACUGGGGCGAGAUGGACCGCUACGAGGCCGAGCGACUGCUGGAGAACAAGCCCGAAGGCACGUUCUUGCUGCGCGAUUCGGCGCAGGAAGAGUACCUCUUCUCAGUCAGCUUCCGCCGCUACAGCCGCUCGCUGCACGCGCGCAUCGAGCAGUGGAACCAGAACUUCAGCUUUGACUCGCACGACCCGGGCGUGUACGCGUCGUCGACCGUGACCGGUCUGAUCGAGCACUACAAGGACCCGAGCUGCUGCAUGUUCUUCGAGCCGAUGCUGACGCGGCCUCUGAACCGGACGUUCGUGUUUCCGCUCACGCAUUUGUGCCGCGCCGCCAUCGUGUCGUGCAUCAACUAUGACGGCAUCAACCAGCUGCGCCUGCCGCGUCCGCUGCGACAGUUCCUAAUGGAGUAUCACUACAAGCAGCGCGUGCGCGUGCGCCGGUACGAGCUGCUCGACUAGCGGCGGCCGGGCCGAGCGGUGCCGGGGCGGCGGCACGUGUCAGGACCAGCCCGUGGCGGCCGCCGUCUGGCCGGCUGGCCGACUGUCUCGUCAGGGGCGGCACGCGGUCGGUCGAUCGCCGGGACAUGUAUGGCAGCUGAGACGGGGCCGGAUGUCCCGGGCUCUCGUCGUGGAUGUACACCGUUACAAAGCGUGCUCUCGCGGCGCGAUCGGCGCCGAUUGUGAUGCAGCCACCGCUCCGCUGAGGAAACGACGGGCUAGCGUGGCCGACUCGUUUGGCCCCGAUACUGCCAAAACUCGGCCGACGCGUGCGCACUGCCGCCGCCCGGCGGGCGGCUUUGUAUUUUAUAAUUCUAUGAUUUGUUAUAAGAUGGCUGCCGUGUUGACCUGUGUCGGAGCUUGCCUGACUGUUGUGUAGCGGGUUUUGCGUG